AUGAAUGAACCUGAUGAUAAUAGCAAUGAUGUUAUAAUCCAUUCCUUUGAAGAGGAUAUUUGGAAUUUAUAUAAGAAGGAUAACUAUAUGAAACAUUGCAUUGUUAGAGAUAAUAUUGAACCAAUAGCACUAAAUGAAGAAAUUCAUAUUUUAAAAAAAGAAGAAGGUGACACAUUUAAAUUAUCCGAAAUAUUAGAAUCUUUAGAUAAUAAAAAAGAGGAAGAAGAAGAAGCAAAAUCAGAUACAUCAUCACUAGAAUAUAUAGAACAAGAAAAAAAGGAAGAAGAAGAUGAAGAAGAAAAUGGUAAAUUAUAUAAUGGUAUAUAUUUACAUGAAGUAAAUAUAAUAGACAAUACAAAUUAUUCUGAGUGUAAUAAAAUAUAUGAUGAAAAUAUAUAUCCUAUUAGUAUAUUAGGUGAUAUGUAUAUAAAUAACAUAAUUCAAUUUAAAGAUAUUUCUCCUCAUCAUUCAAUUUAUAAAGUAUAUAAAGUGGAAUGGUUUUUAAGUGUAGAUAUCAAUGAAAAUACAAUACAUGAAAUCAUACCAUUUAGUGUAGGUAAAAAUAUUCAAAUACCUUUUGAGUCAUUGGGAAAAUAUAUUUUUUGUAAAGCUUAUAGACGUAUAUAUAAAAAUAAUCCAUCUAAAGAAAAAGAUGCAAAUACAGUAUUUGACCCUCACACAUAUAUAAAUAAACCAGUUCGUUUUAAAUGUAAUCCAGAAUAUAUAGAAAAAUAUUCUCUUACUUGUAAAGGACCCGUUUUAAUUUCCAUCGAUCUUGCUUUUAAGGUGCUUACAUAUUUAUGUGCUCAUUUUUUUAGUACAAUAAUGAAUCUACAUGACCCCUUAAAUAAUUUACGUUCCUUAUUUUGGUGGUCUAACAUGAAAGGAAAGGAGAAAGAAGAUGUAGAAGAGGAGGAUGAUAAUAUGACAUAUACUACUAGUUCUAUAAGUCAAACUGGUGAAGAUGAUAAUAAAAUAUAUAUUACAAAUAUGACAAUAAAUUUUGAUGAAAUAAGAUUUAUAUUUUAUGAUAGUCCGGAUAAAAAAAAUAAAAUAAGUACAUCUAAUAAUGAUAAUAAUAAUGAUAAUAAUAAUUAUAAUAAUUAUAAUGGUGAUAAUAUUAGAUGUAAUACCUUGGAAAGGAAAGAAAUGAUUUUUAAUUUAUAUGAAGUAGAAUUCAGAAUAUCAAAUAAAAACGAUGGGAUUAUAUUAAUAAUUUGUAAAGAUAUACAUAAAUAUUUUACAUUUGAAAAAUAUAAAAUGAUAAUUAUAAAACCUUUUCAUAGGAAUAUAUGUAUAAAUGAAUUAUGGAUUAUAUUAUUAGCUUUUAAAUCAGCUUAUUCAUAUAAAAAUCUUUUUAAAAAAUAUCCCAAGACUAUUUUUAAAAAUACUAAUAUUUCAUUUGUACAGAAUAUGGUAAAUAAUUAUAUAAUCAAGUCUUAUAAUUCAAACAAAAAUAAAAAUAUACCUUUUCAUAAAAUAAACACUAUUUUUAAUGAAUUGUAG